UCGGUAUUUCCUCGUUAUCCGUUUUCCAGGUGGCAUUUGUUACUGAAGCCAUGGAGGUCGACACAGCUACAUGUCCUACUAAAGGCUUUUCGGCAAAAUCUAACUUUCUGCAGGUGUUUGCGUGGAUCGGGUUCCUCGUAUUGGUAGUUAUCUUCAUCAAAUUAAUUCUUUCUAUUCUAAAAGGCCUCUAUACAUGCGUUCUGGGACGAAUGCUCGGCAUGACCGUCGAUUGGAGACAACUAGGAAGAUGGGCAGUUGUUACUGGAGCAACAGAUGGAAUUGGAAAAGCAUAUGCUCAGGAGCUUGCUUUUCGAGGAUUUGACAUUAUUCUAAUCAGCAGGAAUCCAGAAAAACUUAAAAAUGUAGCCAAUGAAAUAGAAACUGUUUAUGGAGUUCAAACAAAAUGCAUUCCAAUAGACUUUACCGGUGGAAUAGAAAUAUAUGAUGUUAUUAAAAAAGAAAUUGAUGGAAUGGAAAUUGGUGUAUUAGUAAAUAACGUUGGAAUAAGUUAUGCUUAUGCUGAAUAUUUUAACAAAGUUCCAAAUGCAGAAGAACUCUUCAAUAACUUGAUAAAGACGAAUGUGAUUUCUUGCACCUUGAUGAUGCGAAUGAUAAUGCCACAAAUGGUAGAAAGAAAAAAAGGUGUAAUAAUUAACAUGUCAUCAUUCAGUGCAGCAAAUCCAGUGCCUCUCUUAAGUGUAUAUGCAGCUACAAAGACCUAUGUAGAUUAUUUAUCUCAAGCUGUACAAGUGGAAUAUAAAAGCAAAGGAUUGAUCAUUCAGGUAAAAAUAUAUGAUGAAAAUAUAGUUUUAAAAUAUUAUUUAAUGCUUGUUAUUACAUCCAUAAACUGCAGUUAUGACUGUGAUUAAUGACUUGUUAUUCAC